CGGCCUCCUUGAAAUCGAGGCGCCGGCGGGACAGGGGCUUUCCGGAACCGUGUUGUAAUUAAAUAUCGCUCUUAAACUUUUUCCGCCACAAAUGACGUCCACCCUCUUCCCACGCCAGGCCCUAGAGAGAGGGGAAAAACUAAGGCCGAAAGCAUUUAGGAUGCACCCGCAGGGGUUGUUGUACCAAGACGCUCCUAUUGCAAAAGCUUCAGUUGAAAAGAAAAAAAUAAAUUUAAUAAGAAGAGAAUGGAUGGAGAAGAGAAAACAUACGGUGGGUGUGAGGGCCCAGAUGCUAUGUAUGUGAAGUUAAUAUCCUCCGAUGGCCAUGAGUUCAUUGUAAAAAGAGAGCAUGCAUUAACAUCAGGAACAAUAAAAGCUAUGUUGAGUGGACCGGGACAGUUUGCAGAAAACGAAACAAAUGAGGUGAAUUUUAGAGAGAUCCCAUCCCAUGUCCUAUCCAAAGUAUGCAUGUAUUUCACCUACAAGGUCCGCUAUACUAACAGCUCUACGGAGAUUCCUGAAUUCCCAAUUGCACCUGAAAUUGCACUGGAACUUCUGAUGGCUGCAAACUUCUUAGAUUGUUAAAUAAAAUAAAUUAUAAUAAAAAAUGUAAAACUUUUUUCAGUAUUUAAUACAUGUAGUUCAGUUAGUAACUUUUUUCAGAUAGCAUGUUGCGUGUGUGCUGUUGAGAACUGUAAAGUUCACUGCAGAGGCAGUUGCCUUCAGUCCUUUCGCAUAUAGCAAUCAUUCAGUUGAAAUUUGUUUUGCUGCUUACACAAAUAAGGAACUUUUCACAAACUGAGACAAAUAAACAAAUAUGCCAAUUAGUAGAUGGCUAUGCCUUAUCCUUUAGGUGUGGUAGAACUUUCUUUUAAUAAAUGACCAUAGAAAAUACUGGAGUUUAGUCAAAUGCUCUCUAAAAGGUAAUUAUAGGUAAAUAUGAGUAGCUGCUUAGGGUUUCUAACUUUCUCUUAUUGUUAAGGUUUCUAAACAUCUGAACUUAAUCUCCUUUGUAAGAUAGCUUUAGCAUAGUUAUACUAACUAGAUUAGCAGUGCCCUCCGAGGUUUGUAUACUAACAGUGAUAUUCCAUUUAGGUUGAAAGUGGAGUGUGUAGGAGAAUGCUUAAGGCUUUUUAUUUAAAUCAUAGUAUAGACAUGUCUAAAGGUGUACUUGAUACAUUAUAUUUUUUUUUAUAACUUUAAUUUUCCCCAUUAGUAUUUACAAAUAUUCAAGUCACUUGCCUGUACAGUAAGACUGUGAUCCUACUGACAGUGGCUUUUAAGGGGAAAAAUAACUUAGAAUCUGUGUAUAUUAUCUUCUGUAUAACCUAUAAGGCUAUUAUUAAUGUACUGUCGCUUGACCUGAUAAGGAUUUUAUAUGGUUUCAAUUAUGGUUUAUUUCCAUUGUUGUGAUUGGUUAUGUAAAGUCUGUAUUUAAUCUUUAGAGUAAUAGUCAUUUAAAUUUUGUAACAUAGUGACUGAAAAGAUAGUUAUCCUAUCUUUUACCUCUUCCUUGACCUCUCUCUUGUAUCCACAGAAAAAGACCCUGAAAUGUGUAGGUCUUUUAUAUUUGAAGGAAAGGGCAUUAAGCAGAUGUUUAAGGAGCUGUUUUAUAAAUUUCAUAGGUAUUUCCAAUGUUUUUACAAAUAUUUUAGGGGAAAAGGAUUGGCAAGCCAUUGACAUCAUACUAGAGUGGAACACAUCACCUCUUGGUAGUUCCUGCUGGUAUCAGCUCUUUGUUCAAAACAAACUUCCAUAAAGAAACAAAAAAAAUAAACUUGAGACAAGAAGUUGCUUUUUUUUCAGCUGCAGCCUGAAGAACCCUUCUGCCAAAAUCACCUGUAAAUGAGAAUAAAUCUAAUGCAUCAUAAAAAAUGAUGCCAGAACAACGUAGUUAAGCAUUUCCAUCAGCUGCCACUGCUUCAGCUUUGUUUUGAUCAAGAAGUGGUUGUGGUCUUUCAUGGAAAAAUCCCACUGACAGAUGGUGGGACCUCUUUAUUGAUGUAUUAACUCGUGGUGAAUUUAGAGGGCUGAAACUCUCCUCUAACCCUGUUUGCCAAUGUGAAUACAGCUGUGAAGAGAUUUUUCUGGACAAACCCAGUAACUUACAUAGACUAUGCAGUCUGCCCAUGGAGGAGUUCAGUUGUGACAAAUGAAGUUUUACUCUGGGCUCAAACAACGCUUGGAUAGACAAGCUGACAUUUGUCAAUGUGUUGAUAGAUUAGCUGACAUUCACAUCGCAUACUUGGCACAAUUUAUUGUGUUUAAUGUGGGGGUGUCUAUGACUAAAUUGGUUUUGCACAAUAAAGCUGAAGUGCGUUGCAAGGCGAUAGUCUGAAAUCCUGUGUUUAAGCACUCUGGUCAGUGCUGUUAGUAACUCAUUUUCAAGAGCACUAAAAAGAUAAACACAAACCAGAGAUACCCUGUUAUACUGCUUUUGUUAGAGCCCCUAGGAAUACCCUAAAAGGUCAAGGAAUACCGACAUGGAUAUUUUAGUCCCAACUACAUUUCAGUCUAAGCAAGUCGUAAGUUCUUUGGCCAUUUUUAAGUUUUGAUGUUAAUGACUUGGAGUUUAAAACUAUUUAGUUUAAAAUUGAAGUAAAAAGGAUGUCUUUUUAAAAAAAAGUUGGGUUUUCCUUUCUUUUCCCCCCCCACCCCUUUUUAAGCAUUCCAAAAUGAUCUCCUGUUAAAAUACAUUGCAUUUUAUGAUUCCGUACUUCAGCAGCAACGUAAAAUAGCUGGUUUAGUUCUGAAUAAUAACUUCAUUGUUUUUCCUUCAGCUUAAUGUAUAAUACAGUAGCUUUGAACACUCAGGAAAUGCAGUAGUGUCCUAGAGCCACACUAUUUGCAAAACCACCGGAUGUUAAAACUUACCAGAUUUCUAAGGGGGAGGGGGGGCAGAGGGAAUUAGUGCAAUUUCCGCGAUAGCGACAUGGGUGUGCUAUUAUCAGACCAUUGGAAACUUACCACACUUAACCCCUGAGUUCGAAAUAAAUUUCAACAUUGAAAAUUUUUAAA